AUGGCAGCAUCAUCGACUGACAGCGUUAGUACUCAACACGAUUUCCAGAAUCAUACCUGCCUAUUGCUCAACGCCGAGAACAUCACAGGUGUCGUCGAUGAUGAAGGGCUCGAAGGUGACAUCAUGGGUCCCCGUUACCACAAGCGCGUCCGCAUAGCCAUCAUAAUCAUCAUGAUCGUCACAUCCGUCAUCGGCAACAGCGUCGUCUGCUGGAAGCUCGUCGUGCAGCGACGCCACCGGCGAAUCUCAAAAGCGCGAGUGCUGUUCCUGAACUUGGCCAUAGCGGACCUUCUCGUUGCUUGCGUCACGAUGACCUCGCAGGUGGUGUGGGAGGUGAUGGGCCGACUGUGGAUUGCGGGCGAUUUUUUCUGCCGCUUCUUCAAGUUCCUGCAGACGUUCGCACUAGUCUCCUCGACCUACAUGCUGGUUACGAUCGCGGUGGACAGGCACAUCGCCGUUACGACACCACUGGCUCCCAGUCCUGACCCAUGGAAGCUGGCGGCCAUCACGUGGGUAGCUUCGUGCAUACCGUCGCUGCCGAAUGUCUACGUGUUCCACACCGUCGAAGUGCUGCCCGGACAGUGUUUCUGCGCGUCUAUCUUCUACGAGCGUGGCACACCGCUCUACCACCGCCAGAUAUACAUGGCAUUCGUGUUCAUCAUGGUGUUUAUCGCACCUCUUGUGCUUUUGGUGACAUUUUACACGGGAAUACUGUGGGCCAUAUGGAGGCACAGCUCGGCCAGCGGAAAAGUGGGGCAGCAGACUGCUUCUACGUUGCCCCGAGCUAAGGUCAAGACGCUCAAAUUGACGGCGGUGGUGUUCGGUGCUUUCCUGGUGACCAACGUGCCGUACAUGGUCCAGGAGGUCAUCCUCGCUCUGGGACGACCCGGAAUCCUAGAUGCCAACCUGGUGGCGUUGUUCGGCGUCAUCUCGGCCUCCAACAGUGCCAUCAACCCGUACAUAUUCCUCUAUUUCGAAAAGAGGCAGCUUCGGGAAUCGCACGGUUUUGUGGGAUCAAUCCUCAAAAUUCUGCCCUGCUUCUGUCGCAGAGGCACGUUGAGGCGCCAUGAUGGCAGCCAACAGAUGGUCAACCUGACCCUCAACUACUCAAGCAGGCACUCAAGGACAGUUACGAUUGUUAAUUAUGACUCUGCCUCGUGUACCGAGAAGACUCUGUCCAGUGGAGAGAGUAACCUUCGUCAUACGAAAAGUCAACCCGGACCACAGGCUAUGACACUCAAACUACUUCGCGUUGGGGUGUACCCUAACGCCGCACCAUGA